AUGGCGGACUCCUCAAGCGACAGGGAAACAGACCAUGAGGCCUUGAGAAGAAGUGUGCGGCCAAAUUUUGCUGAAGAUGUCUACGGUGAGAAGAAGGGCACACAAACGGAAGAGGUUGAGUAUAGCGAAUCUUCAUUGGCUCAGAGGCGAUCAGCUCUUCUGGUUAAGUUGAAACAACUUAAAGAUUCACAUGGAACUACCGCCACUGAUACAAAUAUCAAUCGUGCUGAAAGCGUCGACAUGAAUGAUUGUGACAUUGAAUUCGAGUAUAAUGACUGUGAUACUCUCCCGCAUGAGCUGGCUGAGCUCUACACUUAUUCUGAGCUGGACGAUUUUGCUAGUAACAUUCAUUGUUGGAAGGUGUAUGCUGACAAUAAUGAGGUUCGUUUUAAAGAGUUGUCGUAUCUGGACACCUUCGAAUAUCAUUCUUUACAUUUCUAA